AAACGACGUUUUAUUCCUCGAUGAUAAGAGCAACAACAGCUGGAUGAACUAAACUACACUUGACUAUAACGAAUUGGGUGUUCUCAGGUUAUGAAUUCUCCGACCGGUUUUGGUCUUACUUACCGUACGAAUCGUCAAAAAUGAACCGUAGCGAAUCUGAGUGGGCCUUCCAACGUUUUCUUCAAGAGGCUCGACAAGGAUCUUCUCCGCAACAAUCUUCUUCGGCGGCUGCUGCUGCUUGUGCUGACACCAAUAACGAUACUGUUGUUGAGAUCAAAGGUCUCCACAGUGACCGCAAUAAUAAAAACGUUGCUGAUGUAAAGGGUGGCAACAAAACGACGGGGUCGUUUAACGUGGCCGCCUCCAAUGGCGUGGCUCCGAGUAUUCCUGUGGAUGCUGAGGACGACUACCAGACUAUUCUUAAGAACAAGCUUAAUCUUGCUUGUGCUGCUGUUGCUUUGUAUCGAGGAGCUUAUGUAAGACCCCAAGAUUCUUCUGCAAGAGCUGACAGUGGAUCAGAGGCCUCCAAUACCCCACAACUAGGAUCUCAUGCUCCUUCCAAAGGAGCCACAUUGUCUAGGUCCCUAGAUAAGGAUUCUAAUGGACUUAAUGGAAUUCCCUCAUCAACCACCCUAACGAAAAAUGUUGCAUCAUUGAAGUCAGCAAACAGUGGAUUAUCAAGAGAGCAGUCCGAAGAUGAUGAAAUUGAUGGAGAAACUGAAACAACUCAGCAUAUGGACCCUGUUGAUGCAAAACGGGUCAGGAGAAUGCUUUCCAAUAGAGAGUCAGCUAGACGCUCUAGAAGAAGAAAGCAGGCCCAUUUGAGUGAACUUGAGACACAGGUUUCUCAACUAAGAGUUGAAAAUUCAUCUCUACAGAAACGUCUCACUGACAUAAGCCAAAAAUACAAUGAAGCAGCUGUUGACAACAGAAUUCUGAAAGCUGAUGUUGAAACAUUAAGAGCAAAGGUGAAGAUGGCUGAGGAAUCAGUCAAGAGACUUACUGGGCUCAACCCUAUGUUCCAUGGCAUGUCAGAAGUAUCCACUAUGAGUCUACCAUCAUUUGGUGGAAGCCCUUCUGAUACUUCGACAGAUGCUGCUGUUCCUGUGCAAGAUGACUCGGAUCAUCACUUCUUUCAUGCCCCAGAUAGUCAUAUGCCUACUCAUUACCAGAGUGUCAACACUGCUUUGCCUGACAUGUCUUCUGCUGAAAAUGUGCAAUCGAAUGGUGGGGCACCAUCCCUGAUGGGGAGUAAGAUUGAAAGAACUGUUUCCAUGCAGCGAGUGGCUAGCUUGGAGCAUCUGCAAAAGAGAAUUCGUGGGGGAGUAAGUCCUCAUGGACCUGGGUCAGGUGGAGAAAAGUAGUAACAAACGGCUUGACCCUUGUCUGAAGAAGUUUCUUGUUGAAACUUGAUUCAAUUGCAGUAUUAUUUUGGGUUCCAAACUCUUAUUCUACAUUUAUUCAUAUAAGUCAAACUUCUCUGGGUCAGAUUGUUAUAUUAACCUUCAGUUAUUAAUCAACUAAUUAGUACAGUUUCAUUUAGCAGUGUCAUUCCAUCUGCUGAAUGCACGAUUGUUUUUCUACCA